AUGUUGACUAACGAGGGAGUGUACAAUGAAGCACCUGAAGUAACAAUGGAGCAUGGAGCUCGAAGAAGUAGACCAGUUUUUCUGAAACCUAGUGAUGAUAAUACUUUCGAUAGCCGUAAUGGCUCACUUGUUCUGGAGGAUCGCAUAACUGAAGAAAGAACUAAUAUAGUUGUAAGUAAUCCAUUCCUUGCACUUUCCAUUCAGCAGCAACGUACUCGACUUCCAAUUUUUAAGUAUCGCAAUCACAUUAUAUAUUUAUUAGAAAAAUAUCGCAUACUUAUAAUUGUUGGAGAAACUGGAUGUGGUAAAAGCACUCAAGUACCUCAGUACCUGAUGGAGGUUGGUUGGGCCUCAGAUGGGCGAAAAAUAGGCGUAACGCAGCCGAGAAGGAUAGCAGCAGUUACGUUGGCUAAUCGCGUUGCUGAAGAGAAAUCAUGCAGACUUGGUGCAGACGUUGGUUAUGUAGUUCGCUUUGAUGAUAUGACUGAUUCGGAAACUAAGAUAAAGGCGAGUCUUCUUGCUAUGUUGCAUAAUAUAUUGCCAUAA